GCCGCGCCCGGGCGGGGCCGCGCUGCCUGCAUGACCCUCCGGCGGCGCGGGGAGAAGGCGACCAUCAGCAUCCAGGAGCAUAUGGCUAUCGACGUGUGCCCCGGCCCUAUCCGGCCCAUCAAGCAGAUCUCCGACUACUUCCCCCGCUUCCCGAGGGGCCUGCCCCAGGCCGCGGGGCCCCGCGCCGCUGCGCCCCCGGACGCCCCCGCUCGCCCGGCCGCGGCUAGCGCCAGCCGCCGCAGCCCCUCCGACGGCGCCCGCGACGACGACGAGGAUGUCGACCAGCUCUUCGGAGCCUACGGCGCCAGUCCUGGCCCUAGCCCCGGCCACAGCCCUGCACGGCCGCCCGCCAAGCCGCCGGAGGACGAGCCGGACGCCGACGGCUACGAGUCCGACGACUGCACCGCCCUGGGCACACUGGACUUCAGCCUGCUCUAUGACCAGGAGAACAACGCUCUCCACUGCACCAUCAGCAAGGCCAAGGGCCUGAAGCCGAUGGACCACAAUGGGCUAGCGGACCCCUACGUCAAGUUGCACCUGCUGCCAGGAGCCAGUAAGGCAAAUAAGCUCAGAACAAAAACCCUCCGAAACACUCUGAACCCCACGUGGAAUGAGACCCUCACUUACUAUGGGAUCACGGAUGAAGACAUGAUCCGGAAAACCCUGCGGAUCUCUGUGUGCGAUGAGGACAAAUUCCGCCACAACGAGUUCAUCGGGGAGACACGGGUGCCCCUGAAGAAGCUGAAGCCCAACCACACCAAGACGUUCAGCAUCUGCCUGGAGAAGCAGCUGCCGGUGGACAAGACGGAAGACAAGUCCCUGGAGGAGCGGGGCCGUAUCCUUAUCUCCCUCAAGUACAGCUCGCAAAAGCAGGGCCUGCUGGUCGGCAUCGUGAGGUGUGCACACCUGGCUGCCAUGGACGCCAACGGCUACUCCGACCCCUAUGUGAAAACAUACCUGAAGCCAGAUGUGGACAAGAAAUCCAAACACAAGACAGCAGUUAAGAAGAAGACCCUGAACCCGGAGUUCAAUGAGGAGUUCUGUUAUGAAAUUAAGCACGGGGACCUGGCCAAGAAGACCCUGGAGGUCACUGUUUGGGAUUAUGACAUUGGAAAAUCCAACGAUUUCAUUGGUGGUGUGGUUCUGGGCAUCAAUGCCAAGGGCGAGCGCCUGAAGCACUGGUUUGACUGCCUGAAGAACAAGGACAAGCGGAUCGAGCGCUGGCAUACCCUCACCAACGAGCUCCCAGGGGCGGUGCUCAGCGACUGACCGGCCCCCCGCCCGCCACCACUCCCGCCCUGCCCAUCACCUGGCCUGGGCCCUGGGCUUCCUCAGCGGCCGCCAAGGGCCUCACUUCCCUUGUUGGGGGGGAUCCAGGACAGCUGCUCAGACACAGAGCCACGACAGCCCCCGCUUAGAGGCCGGGGAGGGCCCUGCCACUCUGAGGGACACACGGGCCCGGGGCUCAGCCUGCUUUCUGCCCCCAGGGCCCCAUGGGGCCAGAGGUGGGAGGAGAGGACCUGGGCCUCAGCACCCACACUGGGAACAAAGGUGGGGCUGUCUGGGGGCAAGGACCCUAUUAGAGGUCAGCAGCAAGUCACAGGGGCCCCCAGGCUGAAUGAUCAGGAAUACAGGGGUGCCUCGGCAGAGCCAGUGACUCCCCAGAGAGACGUUAGGGAGAGGGGCACAGCAGGGAGAGUACAGGCAGGGCCAAGACUGCAGAGAGCUUGCUGCGGAAGGGAGGUCUGACCGCAUCUGUGUGUCUCUGGCAUUUCUGUGCAGGUGAGAAAAGCUGACCUGAGAGCCAGGAGUCUGGUGAAAUCCCUGGGGGCGUCCAGUGAGCAGCGAUCCGCAAGUGCUUUACCCCAUGGCGCUACAAGGCCCUAGGGAUGAGUGAGACCAGGGCCUGCUCUCAGGAAGCUCCCCGGCUAGUCAGGGGGCCAGAGACAAAACACUACAACAUGGAGUGGCCAGCCUGACCCACCUGUGAAUGGUGUGGAUUCUGCUUACUCUUCUGGGAGGGCUUCCGGAGGGAGGUGAUGGUUUAGCAAGGCCCUAAAGAGUGAGUGGAGCUUCUAGACAAAGGGGAAGGGCAGUGCGGGCAGUACGGAUGCCCUGAACAAAGGCCUGGGUGGGGAGAGAACAGCGAGUGAGCCAGGGAGGCUGUGUAGGAGGCAGGUCUGUCUCUGGGGCAGUUUGUUAGGACAGCCCUGGCCCUGCCCCCACGCUGGGCUGCCCAUCCGGCCUGGGCCCUGGGGGAAGUGGCAGGCUCACCACAUGCUGAAAACAGGCUGGUGCGGUGUCAGCUUCAGUCCCCAGACCGCCCUCCCACCUCUGAUGUCUUUCUCUUCUGAAGAGCCUGGAAGACGGAUCCUGCCUCUCAUUCUUCCCAGCUUAAGCAUCAGGUCAGCUAUAGUCAAGAAAACAGUCCUUUUUCUUCCCCCACAGGAAAAAAAGCCCUCCUUUUCCUCUUCCCUUCACUCAUGUACCCACUACCUGGGCCCUUCUGGGUCCGAGACUGGGUAAUGUUGGUCCCGUGUGGUUGCCCCCGCACCAUGGCCACUAAGUGUCCCUCCUACCACAGGGAGGCAGCCCAGGCCUUGUCUCUGGGAAGGCCUGUGGGGCUGGCUCUGCCCUCCAGGAACUGAGAGAGAGACACCCUGCCUGGCGGGCCUGUCUGUAUCCUGAGGCAAGGUUUCCAGGGAGACGUUGAGGGCAUUGGAAUCUGGGGGCCCAUGUCUAAAGCCCCAGACUUUUCCUACCUAUCAAGGACCUGCAGAAAUGCUGGAUGAACAAAUGCAGACCCAAGGAAUUCCUUGUAUCCAACCCAUCGGUGCACUGAUGGGAAACAGAGGCCCAGAGAGGGAAAGUGACCUGCCCAAGGCCUUACAUCCCUACCACAGCUGGAGUGGCCCAGGCUUCAUGGCCCCUACCCCAGCCCUGACCUCUUGACACUACACUCCAGGGGAAGUGAGGUACUGGGCUCACACACGACAGUUCCCGCCUGCUGCCUGCCUGGGGUUUGCUCCUGCCUGCUGCCUGCCCCAAACCACACUAGCAGCAGGGUUCACAGGGGCAUGAAGGUUGGACCUUCUGCUGCAGACAAAGCACAUCACCAACUGAGGCCUGGGAUGAUCAUUUAAAUCCCACCAAGUGCCCAUCAGCCCUUUCCCAGUUUGCAGGGAAAGCACGGCUCCAACCCCCACACAGUACCUGGCAACAUUUGCUACUCAUGGAGCCUUGGUUUCCCCGUCUUGAAGACGGCUCUGAGUAUGUUCAGGGUUUCACAUGCCCUGUCCUAAUGGCGUCUUCAUGAUCCAGUGCUGUGGUGUGUCAUCUUCGUCUGGCAGAUAAGCUAAGAGAUUCACAGAGGCCGAGUAGUUCGCCAAAGUCACGCAGCUUGGAAAGGGCACGCCAGGCCUCGAGCCCAGGUCCUCCGACUGCCACAUCCUCUGGUUGGCUGGGGAACAGGACUCCCCAGUGCCCGCCCUCCUGCGCUGCUGUGGGCUCAGCAGAGAUUCAGAGGAAGACUCAGUGAGCUCUGGUGCAUGAUGGAGAUGAGAGAUCCUGCUGCCUCAUCCUAGAUGGCUUGGAAAUCAUUCUUGCCACUUCAGGCUUCCCCAGAGGCCCUGCAGCCAGGGAGUCUCUGGGCGAGGCCUCAUUCUGAAAGGGGGCUAAAGCAGCUGCAAUAGGGGAACCUCCAGCGGCCUAGGGCAGGACAGGAGAUGGUCUGUUUUUGAGUGGCCUCAUGUCUUCAUGAGCACUGGGGAUAUUCUUAGAUUUGCCUUUAGGAGGGCCUCAAAUAGGAGCCUCACAGUUGCUCUGUGAAGAUAUGGAACUCCUUAGUGACAAAGCCUAGAAGGGGCUAUGAGUCUCAUCUCAUACACCUGUUAGAAGGAGAAAUGGAGGCCCAGUGGACCUAUAGAAGGCCCACUGGCACAAAAACCCAGGACUCCUGGCUCCCAGUCCAGGGCCCUCUUCUGCUUCAGGCUGUGAAAAUACAGACUUGGUCAUGAAAGGUGAGUCACAGCUGACUACAGGGACAGACUGGGCAGUGGAGUUUCUGGGCAGCCAGCCCAAGUGGAGGAUGGAGCUCUUGGGCAGGGGGCCCCCACAAGGAGUGAUGGAACUUUCACCAGGACAUUGGCACUGUUCUGGACUCCUUAAAGAUUGUACCUCUGUUAAAAAGUUCUUUGAGAAGUUGCAGUAUGAGCUCUACCUUUGACCCCCAAGCCAGCUUAUUUCCUCUGAUCCAUCAGCCCAAAAAUGAUGGGAAAUUUGAUGCCCCCCAAAAAAUGUCAUUCCACAGUAAGGUGUCAGUAUUGGGGGGGUCACUGAAAAGAACGGCAUCCACCUUCACCCCCCACCCGUUUCCCUCUCUGGUCUCCUCCCCACCCACCGCCACCACUAGCCGAUCCUCUAUGGGCCUGUCUUCCAACCCUGAAGCGGUAACUUCCUGACCUCUAGUGGUGAGAGCGAGGAGCUGCACCUCCCAGCCCAUGCAUGUCCUGCCCUAUGUUCUCAAACCAAGAGAACCUCCCGAUGCAUGGACUGGCUGUCAUUGACGCAGACUCGUUGUGCACUGCUUAAAACACCGUUUUGCUACCAUGUGAUGGCUGCAGAAACCAUCCUUAAAUUGCAGCCCCACACACAAUUUUUGUACUUUCGUCUGACCUACCCAAAGGUGUCCUUUUUAAGUCUUGUUAAAAUUUAUAAUGACAUAUAAUCCAAAGUAAAUGGAAAUGUUCAUUGCGA